AUGAAAUUUUCAACAAUCAUCAUCUUCUUUUUCAUCACCUGUGCUACUUUAGCAUCAGCUCAAAAUUUUUGUGAAAAGAACGUUAAUAAUGCAGAAAAAUUACAAAAAAAUUUCGAUAAAUUGAAACCAAACUUAUCAUGUAAAGAAAGAGAUGCUUGUGUUAAAGGUCAAUUCGCUCAAUGCGUUAAUGGAAAGUUUGUUUUAAAUUCUUGUGGUAACGCUCGUCUUGCCGAUACCUGUAAAGAUAGUAAAGGUCAAAAAUCUAAAUCCAACGGUAAAAAUCAAAAGAGGCAAGUAAAAGCAGAUCAAAAAUAUGCAGAAAAUGAAGAGGCCUGUAUUGGUGACAAAUUUGCAAAAUGUGCUGUUUUAUUUUUAGUUUUGAAAGAAGACAUUUCUAUCACCUGUACCAUUGAAGUAGAUUGUAUUGCUAGACUUGAACAAGCUAGAAAAAAUGAAUGA